AUGGUCUGCUCACUGGGCUUACCAAAGAAGAACCACCGACCUCUGACCUACUCAAGGACGACAGCUCUGGAGCUGCCACUUUCUCGAAUCCACUUUCCAUUGCACCAUACCGCGGUUGGCAAUUACUCAGUUUUGAAAAUUUGCGUGGCCACAUUACUGCCAAUCGGAGCGAACACAAACACAUUUGGGGAAGGCACGUUGCCACAGCCUGGCGCAAUUUUCGAGCGGCAGUCCCUCUCCGCGAAGGCGUACUACGCCGCCAUGGAUCCCAAUAUCGUAUGCCUUGUUCCACGGUCGAACCAUCAAGUCGUCCGACAAGAGCAAGGAUCAGAGAGCUUCUCUCAAGACGAAAAGCGGGGCAUUCCAGUCGAAUACUAG